AUGCACAGACGAUCUAAGAAUAUAAAUGCUCCCCUGGAAGUUAAAGAAACUGAGAGUAGAUACACUGAAGAGAAGGAAGAGGCCUUUUUCCCUGAUCUGUCAAAAGACCAGAAGAUUUGCAAAGUGACUAAAUCAAAAGUCACGAAGGCAUCCAAGGAGAAUUUAAGUGAUGGGAACCAGGCACAGUUGCAAAAAUGCACCCUGAAACACACCAAACACCUCAAGAAUGACUCAUACCAUGACAAGAAGGAUGUUUUUAGCUGCCAGUUUGCUGAAUGCUUUUGUGAUACACUAAAAGGGGAUAUGGUUGGUGAACUGACCUUGCCUUUGAACAGUAAGGAAAAUUUUUCAAGAAGCAGACUUGUUUCCUUGGGGGAUGAAUGCUACUUGACACCUAGUAGGGACAAAGCAGAAGAAAAAUCCAAUUGUGGAGUAUCAGAGGAACAGAGGAAAAAACCUGUUGAUUUUGCAACUGUAACAAUUGCUGAAUUUGGGAUUACUCAAGAAAGUUUUACUAAACGAUCUAUAGGGAAGUCUUCAACUUCAUUAAAAUUUAGACGAAGAUCAGCAAUUGGAGUACGAGGGUCACCAGAAAAUAACACCCUUAUUCAAUACCUUGCUGAACAGAGAAGCAACAGGCAAAAAGAAGCUUUUAUGCAGCAGGUUAGUCCAUUUAAACAUGAAAAUGUCAGGUCAUUGAAGGACAAGAUAGAUGCCUUUCAAACAUCUUUUAAAUCAGUACAAGAAGCUGAAGGGGAGACUGGCUUCUCUGGACUGUCACAAGUGGAUGAUGUUUCCCAGGAAGCAGGCUGUUCUCAGAACAAAACACUUUUUACAAAAGAGCAGAACCUGGAUCAGUGGAGUGAAAAGUUCAUGUCAGACAACAAUGAAGCUGAAUUGAAAGAAAAUUUAAGACAAAAUUUAACAAACAGCACUAAGUCUGAUAGGAAGGUAUGCACCAUCUUGUCUUCACACCAAGAUGUGACCAUCACUGAACCUGCUGCUGCUGUUUCAAAGGAAUGGGUUUAUGAGCAGCGCAGUCCUAUGGAGUCGUCGGAGGCUGUUCUAAUUAGAGAUGUCUUAGAAACAGGCCAUGAUUUCAGUUCUGACCACAUCACCAAAGCCAUUAGAAGUAAUGCUAUAUCAGAUCUAAGCAGAAACGAAGUUAGUUUUGCGGAAGAACUGAGACUGGAAAUAUUUGAUGAAAGCAAGCCACCUAUCACACCACUACGAACAGAAAAUAUUUCAUUAAAUGAACAUAUACAGAGUGGCUCCCAUCUGCGACCUGUAUUGAAGAAAACGCCGAUGAAGCAACUAAUGGAUAGCAUGAAGGAAUACUCAAACGAUGCAGUUGACGGAGGAGGUGAAUCUCUCACAGUCUCCAAUUAUGCAAAAACAUUUGAAGUGUUGCAAACAGAGAAAACUGAAAGACAUAGCUCUGAAAAGCCAAAGAAGAGAGUUACUUUUGGAGAAGUUCUAAGCCCAGAAAUAUUUGAUGAAACUUUGCCCGCAAAUACCCCAUUGCGCAAAGGAGCAACGCCGGUCCGUCAUCCAGGGUUACAAAGUAAUAGUCCUUUUGCAAGGUCAGCUCUCAUUGAAGAGCCGUUAUCCCAGCCGAACUUCGAUUGUUUAAAGGAAUGUGUUGAGCCUCUUCAAGAGUUAGAGGAGGGUUCUGUUGCUGCAGAAGACCUCCUACCUGUUGAAAAUGCAGAAGCAGAAACUGACAAAUGUGGUAUGAUAACAACUUGUUCUUCUACUAAAAGGAAGCGUAGCACCAUUUCAGAGGGGGCCAAUUUUAGCAUCUCAAGAGCCACAAGUACGAAGAAUGCUAAAGAGACUAAAAAUCCAAGAAAGAACAAGUUUCAAAGACAAAAGAAUAUAACCACAUCUGCUGCCAAAAAGACACAAAAAACAAAAUAUACAAGCUAUGGGAAGAGAAGAAAGAAAAAAGUAAAAAAAUCUUUAUAUAGGUAAAGAGAAAUGGUUUCUAAGAAACCUCUUCUCAGCCCUAUCCCUGAAAUUCCAGAGGUUUUCUCUUCUGCCUCAUCUCCAAACUCAUCAAAGGCAAAUGCAGUUUUUUCAGAGGACGUAUUUUUAGAUAAUACCAAAUCCAGCAGCACUUGCAAGGAUGUUCAACAGAAGCCAGUGGUUGAAAGAAUGACAGCAAAAAACAUCCAUGCAGUUUGUAUGUAUUUAAACUCUACGGACCUGGACACUGUGGAAGCUAGCGGCUCCAGUGAUACAGUGCUUCAGGUGUCAGAUGGUGAUCUGAAGUCUGUUUCUGGCAUUGAUCAUCAGUUUUCAAACAUUGUGCUAGAUGCAAAGUGUGGUUUUGAUACAUCUGACUGUUUCCAGCAAGGUAAAGAGACUGCAUGUGUAAAAGAGGCAAAAGAAAGUGGUUCCUUGAUAGAAAAUGAGAUACUACAAGGAAAUGCCCUAAAUAAGGGAGAGCAGCUAACCGGGCUAGAAUUUCUGGAACGACAGGACACUAGUGUACAUGAGGGUGCCCAGAGAACUCAGAGUCCACAAAAAGAUUGUGUAAGAGAGAGUCCACCGAGGAGGAGGAGAAGAAGAAGUAGUAGUGCCAGGUAUUUUCCUCCUGUUGAAAAACUGGAAAUAUCUGGAAACAAUCUUCCUUCUUUUAAUGUGGAAGAAGUCUUAUCUGCUCCUCAGGUAAAAGAUGACUCCUUAGAGCCCUUUAGAAGAAAGAGCAAUAACAGUGGCGAAAAGAGGGUGAGACGCAGCAUGAGAUUGCGUAAAGAUGCCGCAACUGAAGGGCUUGCAUGGAUUCAAGUACCCAGUGAGAUUCAAAAAGACCCUCCCCUCCUAGCUUCUGCUUGCAAAAUCAGGAGAACCAUAUGCUCAUCCAUCCUUAUGGAAUCUGAGAAUAUUCACCAUAGAGAACAAAAUCUCAUCCGGUUUUCAGCACCAGGGAAGGAGAACAGUGACUCUGUUAACCUUGCUGAUGGUCCUUGCAAAAGAUGGAGGAGGAAAAGCAUGGGUGUUUCCACACCCCGAGAAACAAGAACUUGGUCUCAAACCCGCAAAAGGAGCAUAACAAAUUCUGUACGUAGGAAGGACAAAAGUAACCAAAACCAGUGUGAAGAAGUAGAAAUACCCCUUGAAAAUAACUCUUAG